UGACUAUGUUGCUAUCUUCACAAGAAACUAGACAGUCAGCUGAUGUUGAUGUCGCUUUUUUCUAACCAACAAUGUUUUAAGAAUUUAUGGGAUUUUAUGUGGUACUUAUUAUAAAAUCGUUUUCUAAUUGUGAGAAUAAUAGUAAUGGACGAUGAAACUUUAUGUUGCUGUGAAUAUUAUGACUCGUUUAAAGAGCGAAACCAUAUAUUAGCUUGCUGUUGCAACUGUGUAGAUUUAGAUGAAGCAGUGGAUAGCUUGAUUCGAGGUAAAAAAGUUUCAGAUAACAAUAAAACUGGACUAUUAAACACUAUGCAAGACAGGCUCAGAGUACCGUGGCGAGGUGGUGCCAAGCAGGUGGCUUUUGAUUCAAUUCUACCAGUUAUAAUAUUACCUAGUAUGCUACUGUUAGGAUCGAUAAGUCUUUGGUGGACUGUAUUCUCAUUUACAACAGUAGCAAUAUUUUUAUCUCUAAUUUUUAAUUUUCUCAUAAAGACUAUUCCCAACACAAAGUUUUUCUUUGUUUGGACGGUAACUUCGAUGGUAUUACUCUAUUUUAUUUUUGAAUUUAUUGUAAUACCAUUUCUGGAAAUACUGGUAGAAGAGAAUAUUUUACUAAGUGCUCUGAUAUUUGGAUUUAUUAUUUGUUUAUAUACAACAAAGAUUCGAGCCAAUGAGUUAACAUCACUGGGCACAGAAGAGUGUGAAAGUUCAGUAGGAAAAGAAGUUGGUGGUUUUUACAAUUGUAGGAUUUGUGAUAAUAAAAUCCCUGAUAAAGAUCACCAUUGUGUUUGGUUUGACUGUUGCAUAAGUAAGCAUAAUCAAUGCUGCUUCAUUGCAGCCUUAUUUUUUGCUAUUGCAGCCUUGCUUUAUAGUUCAAACUUAACACUAACCUCUGUAUGCCAUCCUUUUGAAUUUUACAAAACUAUAUUGUUGCCAGAUGAUUGUUCUGAUGUAUAUUACCAGUUCGAGCUGGCAUUAUCGUUUGUAUCAGCAAUAUAUAGUAUUGCCAUAGCAAUAUUAUUAACAGUUAUUCUUUUGCAACAAAUAUUUUUGGUGUCUAUUGGCAUGUCUUUAAAAGAAUGGAAUAAACUGUCAAUCAUUUCCAAGCUGUGUCUUGGACUGAAUACCAAAAGAAUACACAACAGAGGGUUUUUGAAAAACUGGUCAAAAAUAAUAUGUUGGAAUAAGUAUCAGUAUCAUCCGCUCAAUAGAGAAGUAUGAUAUCAUCAGAAAGGACUGAAAAAUUAAGCAGCGCUAUAAUUUGGGCUAUAUAUAAUAUAUAAACUAUAAAUAGUUGUAGUUUUUUAAGCAAAGUUUUAUUUUUGAAAUUCAAAAAUGCAAUAAGUUAUUUUUAUACUUUUAGUAAAAGUUAUCAUAUAAAA